CUACCCCAGCGGCCAAUGGGCGGCCGGAGCCCGCCGUGCGCAUGCGCCCUGAGCCCGUCCGGGCACGGCUUGACCCCCGGCGGUGCCCGUAGCGUCGUGACGUCACCACUGCGCGCCGCGGGCAGGGCCGGGAUGCAGCGGGCGGCGCGGGGCGCGCUGCGUGCGGCGGCGUGGGCCCCCCCGGCCCGGCUCCUCCACGCUGCCCCCCCGGUGCUGGCAGCGGACCGGGCCGCGCUGCUGGCGCUGCGGCGGAGCACGGGGCUGCCCUUCUUGCAGUGCCGGGAGGCGCUGGAGCGCUGCGGGGGGGACCUGCCCCAGGCCGAGGCCUGGCUGCAGGAGGAAGCUCAGCGCCGCGGCUGGAUCAGGGCCACGGAGCUGCAGAGCCGCCGGGCGCCCCAGGGGCUGGUGGGGAUCGUGCGCCAGGGGCCGCUGGCGGCCAUGGUGGAGGUCAACUGCGAGACGGAUUUUGUGGCACGGAACGGCGAGUUCCAGCAGGUGGUGGAGCAGGCGGUGCUGAGCACCGUGGCUCUGUGCCGCACCGCGCCGCCGGGCGCCGGCAACAAGCACCUCCUGGCCGUGGAGGAGCUGGCCCAGCUCCGGACUGAACCCGGGGGGGCUCUGCUGAGCGACCGCAUCGCCGUGGCCACGGGGAAGCUGGGGGAGAAGGUGGCGCUGCGGCGGGCGGCGUGGCUGCGCGUGCCCGAGCCGGGGGGCCACAUCGCCGCCUACGCCCACGGGUGGCUACCGGCCAGCGGGCCACUAGCCAUGGGCACCUACGGGGCGCUGGUGGCCUGCCAGGUGCCGGAGCCCUGGGUGGGGGGUGGGGACGGUGGAGGAGGUGGGGCGCAAGGUGGCCCAGCACGUGGUGGGGAUGGCACCCAGCACCCUGGGGACCCCCCAGGAUGAGCCGCAGGGGGAGGGGGAGACGCGGCUACUGGCCCAGAGCUUCUUGCUGGAGCCCGGGGUCACCGUGGGGCAGUUCCUGGGGGAGGGGGGGGGGGCUGGUGGUCACCGACUUCCUCCGCUUCCACUGUGGCGAGGAGGAGACCCCGGCCCCCCCCCGCCUGAUGGGGGGGGCCCCCAGGAUCGGGCCCUCGGCUGGAAGCGCCCCCCCCCCCCCCCCCCGGUGCUUUGGGGGGAUGAGGCAAAAUAAAGCUGUGGAGGAAGCA